UUAUUUUCAGUUCAGGGAUUUGAUAUCAAGCUUUGACGAAGAGGAAGUGAGGAUUUUGACGAAAGCUUAACUUGUAAAGUUGAUUAGCUCUGAAGCUAAAAGUUAUAAUGGAAGAUUCAGAGAAAAGAAAACAAAUGUUGAAAGCAAUGCGAAUGGAAGCUGCUGCCGCUGCUGCACAAAAUGAUGGUUCUACAGAGCCUGAAACCUCUAUGAACAGAGGUCACCUUUCAAAUCCGUUGGCUGAGACAUCUACUCACCAGCAGGAGUCUUGUGAAGCACCAAGGUUUGAUUACUACACCGACCCAAUGUCUGCUUAUUCUAGUUUCAAAAGAAACAAAACUUCUAAGCAAGAACACAUCUCAUGUCCUCCUAGUUAUCAAAUGAUGCCUCUAGCACCGGAGUUUCCACCAUCUGUUCCAGGAUCGUUGGGCAGUGACUAUCAGGCACAUGCCAAUCAUGGCGGUUUUCAAGAAGCUCAUUGCGGUGGUGAUGAUCUCCAUACCGAACCAAGAGGCGUGGCACUCUCGCACAGAGGUUCACCCGUCCCUUGGAAUGACAACUUCAGGCCUCCGCCUCCUCGUUUUAACCAUUUAGGUCCACCUCAGUGGGUGCCUCGCUCUUUUCCAUUCUCUCAAGGAAACCAUGACAUGGGGGAUAAUAGAUUUGGUGGCCGAGGAGGCAGCUACAACAAUACCGCUCCACAGUUUCCCCAAUACGGACCACGACAAGCUUCCAACUGGGCUGGAAACACAUAUCCUAGCUCAGCAAGAGGCAGAAGCCGAGGACGCAACACAAGCUUUGGAAGAGGUGGAGGAAGAAGACACAUGGAACAAGGUGCAGACCGGUUUUACUCCAACUCCAUGGCUGAAGAUCCAUGGAAGUAUCUUAAGCCAGUCUUAUGGAAGAGUUGUUCAGUAACUUCGAGCAGCAACUCAACAGGUCAAGCUUGGCGUCCCAAUUCUAUAGCACCAAAGAAACCUAUGAUAAUAGAAGCUUCCCACAAACCCAGCAAUAAUCAGCAGAGCCUUGCUGAAUACCUUGCUGCUUCUCUAGAUGAGGCUACAAGCGAUGACCCAAGCAAUUGAUCAUGACAACUUGAGCAAAUUUGAAACACCAAAUCCAAGCAUCUUGAGCUCCAUCAGGAUGCCUGGAAAUAUCACCUGUGAAUCUUUCCAAACAGGUAUUGUUCCAUGGAUGGUGUUGAGGUUCUUAACGAGGUUCUUAGCGAGACACAUAAGAGAAUGAUGGUCAUCUUGGAGGUGCGAGUUAGAGAGUAGACUGGUUAGCAAUCCUGGUGUUCGGUCAGGGUUGUGAUUAUCCAAUUGUUGUGUACCCGUGACGAUUUUGAUUAUCCAAUUGUUGUGGAAACCUAUCAAUAAAAUAUGUUAUACUUCAUGAUGUCUAUUAGACAGUACAAAGCAUGAAGCCAAAAUCAUCUUCACUCAUUUAUUGGACUGUAUAGUUCUUCGUCCCUCUUACAAAUUUGUUCCUUACAAAGACACUUACACAAACCUUUUCAGUUUUCGUGUUUGACUAUAAUAAGAACAUAAAGGAAAAUAAAAA